AUGUCCUCGAAAACUACUCUUGUAGCAGUCACCCAGGCCGAGCCAGAGUGGUUAGAUCUAGCCACUAGUGUAGCCAAAACCUGUAAGCUCAUUGCAGAGGCUGCUCAGAAUGCUGCACAGCUAAUUGCAUUUCCAGAGUGCUGGAUUCCUGGAUACCCAUGUUGGAUCUGGGGCUAUCCUCUCGACGUCGAGCUACAUGAGGCAUACAUCAAAGACUUGAUUGCUCUCGAUUUCCCAGAGAUGAAUCAAAUUGAAGCUUGUGCUAAGAGUCACUCAAUUGCGGUAUGA